AUGGAUGAUAACAGUUUAGUACAAGUAAAAAAAAGAAGAUUACUUCUUGAUGUGAUAACUCAAACCACUAUUGCAAUUGUGGAUUGGUUACAAGAACAACCUAUACCAAGAGUCCCACGAUAUGACACUGAGGAAAAUAAUGCAUUAAGAAAAAUAUUGUUAAAAAGAUUAUAUGGAGAAAAAGACAAGACUUGUUUUGACUUAUUACGAUUCACAAAAUACAGUUUCAAUAUGUUUUGUGAAUUGUUGCGUGAAAAGGGUAUACAAGAUAAUAGCAAUGUGACGGUUGAAGAAUCUGUAGCCAUGUUCUUACUUGUAUUAGGACAUGGAGUAAAACUUCGGGUACUUGGAGGUAUCUAUAUUCGUUCAUUAGAGACAAUUAGUAGGCGCUUUCAUGAAGUACUACGCUUGGUUCUCAGUUUAAGUAAAGAUUUUAUAAGAUUACCUAAUCAAGUUGAGAAUGUUGAUGAGAAUGAUCAUAAAUGGAGACGAUUCAAGGAUUGCCUUGGAGCUUUGGAUGGAACACAUGUUGAGAUGACUAUUCCACAUAAGGAUCAAGGUAGAUAUCGAAAUAGGAAACAACAGAUAACAACUAAUGUUUUGGGAGUAUGUGAUAGAAAGAGUUUGAAAUUUCUUUACGUUCUUUCUGGAUGGGAAGGUUCAUCAUCAGAUUCAAAAGUUUUAUGA